AUGGCUGUCGAUUCCGACCUCUCUCGGAUCACGACAACCGUCGUGCCACUAGCAGCAAACCCAAAUGCUACACAGGUGAUUUAUACCAACAUUGUGUUGGUGACACUCGUCACAGUAUGGACGGGGCUGCGUCUGUACUCGCGAAAGAUGCGCCGGGUUCCAUUUGGAGUUGACGACAGCUUGUACAUGGUAGCGCUGAUACUGUUCUACGCCUUUGUAGUCCUGCAUUUCAUGAUGCUUUUCCUCGGUGGUGCAGGCCAUCACGUCUCCGAGCUCCAGCCGUGGCAUAUUGAGAAGUUGAUGAAGUUUGGGUAUGCUAGUCAAGUGGUCUACGCUGUGUCUCUUGGGUCACUUAAGAUCAGCAUCUGCUGGAUGCUUCAACGCAUCUUCUUUGUCCGCCCGUUCAAGACUCAGUUCAUUAACCAGCGACUGCCUGGUCAACAGAUUGCGGCUUGGGCAACCAUGGGCUUAUGCAUUGCUUGGACUUUGAUGACGAUUCUCAUUGGGUUACUUAUCUGCAGACCCAUCGCAAUGCAAUGGAAUCCAACGAUUCCAGGGGGAGUUUGCGGUGAUCAGAUUACAGCUUUUGCUGCUGUGGGCGUGGUCGAUGUUAUCGUCGAUCUGAUCAUCUUCAUUCUGCCUAUCCCUAUGGUGCUGAAGCUCCAAGUUUCCAGUGCGCACCGAAUCGCACUCAUAGGCAUCUUCGGGGCCGGUAUCCUGACAAUCAUUUUCGGAGCCCUGCGGCUUGCUUCGGUAUUCAGCGUCGACUUCCUUGACUUCUCCUUUACAUCGCCGAACGCUAUGGUGUGGAGCUCAGCUGAAAUGGGCGUCGCACUCAUGGUAUCGUCGUCACCGAUCCUCCGGCCCGUCUUUGACCGCAUCUUUGGCCGAUUCAUCAGUACCCUUCGAUCGAGUGCAGACCGAACCAAUCCCCAUGCGAAAUAA